CUUGGUAGCUCUUGCGGGGAGGAGUACUCCCUCCGAGAAAGUUGUCUGCGCAUUCUUCACGAGGCAGCAAGCGACAGAACGAACAAGAGCAGUACGCGGUCACCUGAAGAAUCCGUCCGUCUUUAUCACCGAUUUCCCAGCGAGAAAACUGCACUGCACUCAAACCACCCGACGACAGUCCCACAAUGUCCUCCAAGAAAAGCGAAACACCCGACAAGGCACCCGCCAAUUCCUCGGACGAGCUCACGGCGGUUGUCGAAGACCUGCUGAACUCGCUAUCCAACAAGUUCGCCGGCGUUUCCACCGAGAUCUUCGCCAAGAUGGACGAGAUGUCCCGGCGCCUAGACAACCUCGAAACGGCUUUGAAGGCGCAGCAGGACACUCCCAAUUCCUCCACCUCGACCAAGUAAUUGGAAAGCUGUACGAAACCAGAAAUGAAUUACGAGUAGAAAGAGCGGCAACUUUGGCGUUUGGGGAGCAAAACUAGAAUUACAGGAGUUGCGGUUUGCGACGAGUACCCUACACUACGUUAUGUCAUGCAAGGAAUGGUUAGAACUGAACCAGUGCAACCGUUCUCAAGUCUGACCAGGCAAUUCGUUGCGGAAACGAUGCCGGUUGGCAAUACAUGUAUACUGAAGAGACGUUCAAACGACUAGGGUCAUGG